AUCAAUGUUUGUGCAGCCCUGCUAAAUGAGAAAAAAGGCUUGGAGGCUUGGUUGGACGAAUAAAAAUACAAAAUAAAUAAUGGACGUCGCCACCGCAGCGCCCACGUCCGCCCACGCCGCCGGCGAGAUGAAGAUGAAGCCACAGCAGCAGCAACAGCAACAGACGCCGCCGGGCCACCACCAGAAUCCGAAUCAAAACGCAAGCCAAGCGCCGGCGAAGGCAACAACAAUCGAAAAUGGUGUACAAACAGGAGGAGCAAAAAAGCCAGAGAGCUGCUGCGAAUCUACAGCUACACAUUCCACUGGGCCACUGCCUGGCCAGAAGAGGGAGGAGGAGCAGAGGAAGGACGAGGCAGGCAAGCCCAGGACAGAGCUGGCUGAGAAAGUAUUGAUUACCAUAUGUAGUGCCGACCGAAAGAACAAGAAGACCUUUAUGUCCUUGCCGACGCGAAAGGAUGUGAUUGAGAAAGCCCACAAAUACGGCCUUGUCGGCAGUACAAUUGUCCUGGAGAGCAACGGCUGCGAGAUCUGCGAGGACGACGUGCUCCUGUUCGCCGCCAAGGAGAAGAUACUGCUCAUGCUCCUUGCCGAAUCGGAGGAGUACGUGGUGCUGCCGCCACCAUCACCGCUAAACCGCUCGGAACGCGCCGGCAGCUCGGUAGAUCCCAGCUUCUAUGCCAACAACAGUAUUGUCUCAAAUCCCAAUGACUCGACGGUGUCCAACGAUGAGACCUUGUCGUUGUCCAGCGUCACCCCGUCGAGUGCCAAGACCUCGGCGCUGUUCAAAGACUUCUCGAUACCAUGGAGCAAGGUACCUGGGGACAUUAUGAAGCUGCUCCGGGGCAAGGGUAGCCUGGGCAAGCGCCUAAAUACGCUGGGCAACGUCUUGGUGGAGGAGCUGCGCGAAAUAUCGGUGCACAUACCCAUUCGAGUGUUCCGCCAGGUGGCACAGCAGGCAGCCGAAAAGUACCCCGACUCCCUGCUUGAGAAGGAUCGCGAGGGCCAGUUCAUAGCCACCACACCGCAGUCGCUCAUCUCGAAGAUGAUCAACCGGAACAAUGCGCUCAACAAGCCGCAAAAGCGUGCCAGUUCCGGCACCUUUGAAAUACACAUCUCUUCCGGCAAGAAGCGCAAAUACGGUGGAGCCGCAGCCGCCUCCAAUGGCGAUGCCAAGGCGUUGGCCCUCAACCGAGAUCUAGAGCAGAAAAAGGAGCUGCUCAUCUCCAGCUACCGCGGUAGCUCACCCCUGGAACCCUCCACUGUUGUCGAGUACAUGAAGGAGUGCUUUCCGCUCCAGCGCGCCUUCUUCAACAACAGCGAAAAGAUCCCCGACAUUACGGCCAUCAAGGAGAACUGGCCGUAUAUAUUUGACAAGGCGGUGUUGUACCAACACUUUGAGCUGCUCAUGUCCAUCGAUCCCCGUUUGUUGGAGAAGCGUCUGGCCGGCGAGAAGGAGCGCUUCUUUAAGUUCUUCAAGGGAUCGAAGAACAAAAAGAUCAGUGCCCUGGAGGAGGAGUCGAAUGCCAAUUUGGUGCGCGGCAUUGCAUACCAUUUCAAUGAAGAUCCCGACUACAUCUUCAAGCAGCUGGAGAACGGUCCCUUGUCCAAGGAGGCGCUGCAGAAUAUGAAUCCCACAAAUGCCCCCUGGGUGGCUCUAGUCAAUACGCCCAAAACCACGGAUGAUGACGGCGUCAUGCAAUCGCAGCUGGAGGCUAUGGUUUAUAUCGAGGGCCAGAUAAUGGCCACGUUCGGGGCCAAGGACAACGACCUGCCGGACAUAUUGGCCCAGCUGAUCUGCUACUACUAUACCUUCAACAUGAUGUACCCCAAGGAAGCCAAUCAAACACUCGAAUUUAUCGUCGUUUACUUUCUGCAGCACUCGCCGGAGCAAGUGCGUCUGGCCAAGAAGCCGCUCACCAGCAACGGCAAGUUCAAUCAGCUCAUCGCCAAGGUGGCCAAUGCCAAUGCCAAUGGCUGAAGGCCGAUGAGGAUCCAUACUGCUGGAUCUGGUAUCCAUUGCGCCGCUUCAAUCUCCCCCUCCUCCACCCCUCCUUGCGUUCUGUUUAGUUUAUUUAUUUUCGCCGACCUAUUCCACAUGUAUUUGUACCACUCUACUUCUAAGAUUUACAUAAAGUGUGUAGUAAUGUUGUGUAUACAUUUCUGAUUUGUCACCCGAUUAA